AUGGACGCAGCUCAGCAAGACCUCAGAUGCUUUCAGUUGGCUCGCAAGUUGCAUCUCCUUCCAUCGCUUAACGAAGUGUUUACCGGAAAUUCACUUGUGUAUCCUAUCUUCUAUGCAUGCCUCGAUCCACGGGCGAAGGAGCUGACUAAACUAAUACACCUCUGUCUGUGGCGAUGGCUAACCCCCAGGAUCAGUGCUGCAGAGGGCCUCACAUACACACUUAACGACGUCACAGACUGCAUCUUAUCGUUCCUUAGCUUUCCACACCUGGGACCAGAGCACCCCCCGAAGUCGGCUCUUCUCCAGCUCCCCCUCCAGACGCCACCAUCGCCAUGCCAUGAGGUCCCCGAGGGGGUCUUUGUGACCCCCACAGCGACCCCUCCGCAGCCCCAAACACCUUCGUCGUCGUCUAAUAUGCCCCCUCCACUGAUGCUCCAAGCCUCUACAACGAGUGAUGCGGAGCAUACCCCUGCAGCGCGUUCGGCUUUGCUUUCAAGAGAGGAGCCCGCGUCAUCCGGCAAGGCGGCGGGCAGCGAUCUUCCUGUUAGAGGUGUGGGUAGGACAUCUGAGCGGGAUACCGUCUAUCGACCAAUGUUCUAUGUUCGGCAUCUGAAAAUGUCUUCAAUGGCGUUGUCGACGAAUCACGCGAUUUACAUACGCAUGGCUCACACGCUGCCACUCAAUGAAGAGUCGCUUAACCCUUACUUCGGUCGCUAUGGUCAGGUCAGUUGUGCACUUCAGCGUCGCGUACGUCUCUCUGAAUCCCCUAGGCUUCUCAGUGAAGAUCUUGUGCAAUCGUUGCUUCUCAUGUUUCAAUGCAAUCUUCAUAGCCUAUUAAUUCAAGAUUUUGUUGUUUCAGUUGACUCUCACCAAAACGCAGUGCAUGCUGUGCAUCGGGCAUACUACAAGGAGCUUCUGUUUAUUGCCUUCCAUGACGUACGUUAUAACACGCACUGUAUUGCUGAUCUCGAUGCUAUGCAGUCUACCAGUGGUGUUGCCUAUUACGUGAGGCUUUCUCCGUCUAAGGAGCCGAACGCGACAGUAACUAAUUUCCAUCGUUAUGGCGGUCGCCAUAAGCGUGCACGAUUGCACAGUGGUACAGCCUCAGGCCUCGAAAGGGUAAGCGAUACGAGCAGCUCUUCGCUUUCGUCUCUCGACAGCAGUAGCAGUAGCAGCAGCAGCGUCACUAGUGUAGACAAGUCCUUUGUUCCCGACGUCAUUGUGGAUGGCCUGCCGCACUGGGCGACCGAGGGCCAGCUUAAGGUGUUUCUCCAGGAGCAUGGCAAAGUUGAAUCCAUACGAAUGUCUGUCGAUGACCUCUCCGGUACUUUCACCGGUGCCAUCUUGGUUAGGAUGUCAACUAUAGAAGAGGCGAUACGGUUGUCAAAUGCGCUGCAUCAGGCGCAGUUUGAUUCCCACACACUGAAAAGUGGUGUACUGAAUGAGCGUCUCGAAAUUGAAUCCAUCGAAGAUGGCGAAGAAAUUCGUUGCAACUUCGAAGAAACCCUACCGGCUUCGUUUUCUAUUAAUCUUAACCAGCGAGCAUGGGUAUGA